AUGAAAACGUUGCAUUCUUAUGAAGCUAUAUCGGGCCAGCUUGGAGGAAUCAAAGAAAAGAAAAUGGGUAGCUUGGAGUUGAAUUUGUUUACCGGUGUUGAAACUAUUUAUCAUGUGUUGUGUGAAGGAGAGAUGGCACGUAAAGUGUGGGAUUAUUUUGCUGCCGUGUUUGCUAUUAGACUUCCUCAGUUACGUACUUGGCAGGGUGUGGUGAACGUCUGGUGGCUUCAGGCAUCAAGAACUUCUCAAGUUCAGUGCUUUUCAAGGUUGUCGUCUAGAGAUGAAAGAAUACUUACGGAGCUUAAUUGUCCUAUUGCUCCUAUUACCGUAAAGCUGCCUCCUAAAGCAAUAGCAUGGACUAGGCCAAGUAGGGGAUUGUUGAAACUUAAUGUGGAUGAUGGUUCGAAUGGAAACCUAGGACCUUCUGGAGGUGGUGGUAUUAUACCAGACAAUCGUGGUUGUGCUUCGGCGGGAUUUGCGCAUUAUUACGGUACCUCGACUAAUUCAUUUGUUGAAGGGCGUCCAUUAUUGGAUGGGCUUAGAUUGGUGCAGCAACUUGAUGUUAGAAAUUUAGUAGUGGUGGAAUGGAUCACAUCUGGUGCUUGUAAUCUCCGAUAUAUGUAG